UGAAUUUGGAGAGGACCCAACUAUCUACGCCUGAGAUCUCACCCCCUUCAUCUCCAAGUUGCUAUCCACCAUAGCUACGGAGUAUUUAUUAGCUUCUCAUUGUCCGUACACUGCCAGAGCUACUCUUUCAUGCUAGAAAAACUAUUGAAAUUCCCGAUCAAAAAAUUUCCAAAACCGUCAACUCUCAGGAGCGCUAAUGCAUCUCAUCUGGUCUAAGUGUGCGUAAAAGAUAGGAACUUUGAGAUACUGUGAGGUUAGGGCUUUACAACCUUUCAUGUUUUGGGCAGUCAACAUAAGAAACUAACCAACGGGGUGGGCUUAUCAGGGUAGAGAGGAAUCAGAGGAUAGCUAGAUUUCUUCAGACGCUUGGAAUCAAUCUAAUUCAUGACCUAGCUGUGAGUGGUGAGCUGCAUUAGUAAUCCUGCAAUGGCUUAUAAUAAUACAAAAAAUUCUUCAAAAGUAGAGCCAAAGCGUUCCCAUCAGUGGUUCAUGGAUGGUAUUGAGCCAGAGUUACAUCCCAACAAGAAACAAGAUGUUGAUACAACAAACAAUCGAUCAUUCACUGCACUUCUAAAUUCAAAUAUCUUACCCUGGAUGAAUGUUUCCCAUUUGCAAUCCCUACCACAGCAGUGCUCUCAGAGCCUUUUAGAUGGUGGUGAGAUCAGAGAACCCAUCAGCUAUGAUGACAAAAAUGUUAUGCCAAUUGGCUUUGGCACCAAGAGCAUGCCUACAAUGUCUAUGGAGGGUUCCUGUGGAUACGAUUCUUCAAUUGGUUUAUCGAUAGUGUCUGAGAGGAUGGAGCACCCUAGUUUGAGCAUAAACUAUAGAGGGAUUGGAAAAGCUAAAGAUAAACUCAUGCCUGUGACAAUGGGUGAUAACUUUGCCAUGGGAGUUGACAGCAUUGUGGCACCAGCUGGUGCCAUGGCAUCAUCCAUGGGACUCUCUUUCAAAAGAUCUUCUGCCAAUAUGAUGUCAUUUGGAGACACAUAUCAUAGAGAAGAUAGUAAUUUUCUAUCCGCGCGUCAGCUUCUUAUUGGCAAUAAUAAAAUAAACACUGGUGAAUUGAUAGGUAGCUCCAAGGAGAAGGAUUAUUAUAUGUCAAAUAAUCAAUCUUUUUUCAAUAAAGACAAAACCAGUAUUGCAGCGCUUGGUCAAACCUCCAACAGAGAAGAUAGUAACAUCACAUCAAUGAGUUUCAAUAAGACACCUAACUGCUUCACAACAACUGCGAAAGUUGAUAACAAUAAUAUUCUAAUGAGUCACUCUUUCCGCAGAGGGGAAGGCCACAAUAUCAUAUCAUUUGGUGGGUUUGACAAAUAUGAUGAUGAUGCUUUGAGGAAAAUAUCAGAAAACUCAAGUGAAAAGGGGUUGGGUCAAUCUAAUGUAGAUACACUUGAAGACACUUCCCCAACUGCUGCUUUAAUAGGUGUGGCUGAUUCUAAGAAGGAUGAGCAAAAGGCAAAUAAAAAGUCUUCUCCAAAUAGUUUCCCUUCAAAUGUUAGGGGCUUACUGUUAACUGGUAUAUUUGAUGGAGUUCCGGUUAAGUACAUUGCAUGGUCACGGGAGAAGGAGCUUCGUGGUGUUAUAAAGGACACUGGCUAUCUCUGUGGCUGUCAGUCAUGUAACUUCUCCAAGUUUAUGGGAUUGCACAAGAGCUCAGGAAUACACGGCAGGAUUUGCUGUUUGAGGUUAUUCAGACAAUCUCUGGUUCCCCUGUUAACCAAAAGUCUUUUCAUAUCUGGAAAGAAUCAUUCCUUGCUGCUACACAAAAACUUCAGAGGAUAUACGCAAAAGGUGAAUGACGAGAUAUCAUAUUGAAAUAGUAGCAAUCGAAAUGAAAAGGACAUUUUGCAAGUGAUAUUCUGGGGCAACAUGGUGCAGAAAUGAGGAUUUUCCAUGCAAUUUGUUGCUACUAAUGUAAAAAAAAAAUUCUUUUUUCAUUAUUUUAAUUAUUUUUUUACUAAACCAUGAAAAGCAUUUAUGCUUAUCCUUUUUUAAGCUAGUUAUUAUUUGAAUAUGUAAAUUUCGUCCUUGAUAACAAAUGGAUGUAAAUUUUGAGACUUGAGUUAUGAUUUUGUACAUAGCUUCAUUAUGUGCAUCUUUAUUUGGAUGCUGCUUUCGUUUUUGUCGGAUUUUUAAGAAUAAUCUUA